AUGGAGGCCAGGUCGGAAGACGGCCAUGCCGCUCUGAUGAAAGAGUUGGAAGCUGCUAUGAGAAAAGCAGCAGUAAGCAAAGGUCAGCUUGUAACUGACCACCCAGACCCCGAAGUUCUUGCCGAAGAAUUCCGACAGGAAACUGCGAGACACAACGGCACCCCAGGAAAGAAACCCUUCUACGUCACUGAGAUCCAAGAUCUCCACGAGCCAUGCCUAAUCCCCGAGAAGGACCUUGAACUAAUGCCUAUCUCUGAAAUGAGACUCCAGACUCAUCAUCGCGGUAAGAAGGUCUUGCUUCGGGUGAAAACCGCACCCGCUCGAGCCGCGGCCGUUGUGACCAUCGUGGAAGAUGAAGAAGGGACAGCAGUCCUACUAGCGCUUCAUCAACAGCUCGAGGAGGACUUGUCGGCCGUCCUUAAAAAUCCCUUCUUUGAUAAAAUAGCCGAAGGGACUUACUCCCUCCAAGUUUACCACCCAAGCGACAUCAUCUGGCUGGAGCACCACGACGAGAGAAUCCCCGAGCAGUGGAGAGUCCACGAGAAGAUCAAGAGUAACGACGAAUAUCAUGCCGAGGGAGCAGAGCUCACGGAAAAGGAGCACUGGCUGCACGCACUACACUCAUACACCUUGGCUAUUAGCACAGCAGGGUCACCAUAUGAGAAGCAGCAGGCACUUCUUGGCCGUUCCCAAGUCAAUCUCCAACUCGAUCGCCCUCGUCAGGCGUUACUAGGCGCUAUCGAGGGAGAUGGCCUUCUUGCAGCUUCAACUGAGGAGUCCUUGCUUCUUCAAGCUCGCGCAAUCUACCACCUGGGGAAGUUUGAGGAGUGCCUAGAAAAGCUUCAAGCUCUUACAGCAGCGUUUCCCAAGAGCGUGCCUGGUUGGAGCAUGAAGUCAGCCAUCUUUAAAAGACUCGAGGAGCAGAAUGAUGGUGAGUAUGCUUUUGACGAUAUGCUUGUUGAAGCCCAAGAGACACCUCCAUUGAUCGACCGCGCCACCUUCUCCUCUCUUGUCGAGAUCCGCAUCGCCCCUGGCCGAGGCAAAGGGCUCUUCCUUACCAAAGACGUAUCUGCUGGGGACUUGAUACUCUGCGAAAAGGCGUUCUCAUACUGUUUCAUGGAUGAAAAGAGUCAUGAGACCUAUCCCAUCUUAGGGAACUUGCCCCGCAAGGAAGUGACAACUGGUGGCUCUGUUCGCCUGUGGGCGCAAGUCAUCCAGAAGCUGUAUCACAGCCCAGAGCACAUUGAUACCAUCCAAGAACUGUCCCACGGUGACAAAAAGAAGCUUCAGAUCACUGAAUGUGACGGAAGUCCUGUUGUUGACUCCUUUAUGGUAGAAAAAAUCACUCACUACAACGCAGUGAGCGCCCCGAGGACUACAAGCGAUGACUUCGAAACCAGGGUGUUUCGCAAGUCAGGGGACACCCUAGAGAUCGAAAACAUCGACACCAAGUUCCUGACUUCAGGGAUCUGGCUCCUCCCGUCCCGAAUCAACCACAGCUGUGUCAGCAACUAUCGGCGUUCUUUUAUUGGCGACAUGCAAAUCAUCCGAGCUACGCAGGAUAUGUCCGCCGGAACGGAGCUGCUUCUCUCCUAUCGUGCUCCCUGCUCCUUCGAGUCCUACGAGGAAGUACAGCACCACCUCUCCCGUUGGGCCCUCAAGUGCGCGUGCGAUCUAUGCACGAGUAGAAGCAAGGAAGACAAAAAGGUCCUGGAAAAGCGAAGCAAUAUCUACGGCGAGGCUUUGGAUCUUCUGAAGACUGAAGUGCUUCAAUUCAACUUUGACAGAACCAGAACACUUCUGAAAAAAAUGGAGAACACUUACAAGGGGAAGUCCAGUAACAAAGUCCGGCUUGAGCUUUCGGAACUUUGCUUUGGGAUGUGCGAUCGGUACACGGAAUCGGUAAUGCCCGUUGACUUUGUCAAGACAACCGUGAAGUCACUCGAGUCAUUGGGCUUCGUUAUUGUCGCGUAUAUCCCUGGCCAAAAGCCCGACGAUAUCCGAUUCCAAGUGAAGAAAUACGGCAUGUCGACCAACUAUGUCGUCUAUCUGUUUCUUAAUUUGGCCGAACUGUACGGGCAGGUAUCGCGACAGCUCUCCAUCUACGUUUACAACUACGCCAUAAUCUCGUACAAAAUGCUUGUUGGCGAAGUGGCCUCGAUGGGACGGUUGCUCUCGGACGUCGUUCAGCACUUCAGUUCUAUGUAA